ACCGUUUGCAGUGGUGCGAAUUUCUCUGCUAGGCUAGCAGCCAGAUUGACCUAUCAAACGUCGCAGGAAGGUCGUCAGAUCCGAUCCGGUUGUCGCAAGUCGAUUGUUAUUGUGCCCGCUCCAGGCCGAUUGAUUUAGGUGCGUCGACCCAGGGCAAUCGAAGUGGUCCCACGCGGAGGAGAGUAGGUGAUAAACAAGAGCGUAACAAAAGAAGACCUAUCAAAUCCUCCAACAGCCGGUACAGAGAUAGUUCCAUUUGAAGGUCGCCGUCCUGACGAGUGAAAAUGCUGCGAACAAUUGCCUUACGGAAUGAAAAGCUGCUGCUGCAGAGUUCCCGCCAGGUGCUCCGUGGUACGGCCAACCGUGCACUGAGCUGUGAAGCAUUCCGGAUAAACAAUGCUCAAAGAAAAACGCAAAAAUGGACUGGCAUAACGGGCGGAUCGAAUGUUGCCUCCAUGUGGCAGGUUUGCUUUGUUCGCGGCUACUGUAGCAACUAUCCUGCCCAUUCGAAGGUACUGCUGCCUGCUCUUUCACCUACGAUGGAGCUGGGAACAAUCGUCAGCUGGGAGAAAAAAGAAGGCGACAAACUCAAUGAAGGUGACCUUUUGGCGGAAAUCGAAACCGACAAGGCCACCAUGGGUUUCGAGACUCCCGAAGAGGGCUAUCUCGCUAAAAUUCUUGUCCCUGCCGGCCAAAAAGACGUCCCAAUUGGCAAGUUGGUAUGUAUUAUUGUUGAAAAUGAAGCCGAUGUCGCUGCUUUUAAAGAUUUCAAAGACACGGGAGCACCGGCAGCUAAACCGGCAGCGGCAGCGCCUCCAUCACCCGCAGCAGCUCCCCCCGUACCAACGCCACCACCUGUAGCAGCUGCACCACCACCGCCACCUCCACCACCAGCACAACCAUCUGCUACCCCAUUAACAGCCGUCGAACAGCGCGGACCACGUGUUUACGCUAGUCCAAUGGCAAAGAGACUAGCAGAACAACAGAGACUGCGAUUAGAAGGAAAAGGAUCCGGUCUUUUUGGAUCACUGACUUCUAAAGAUCUGGCAGGUUUACAAGCCGCUGGCGCAGCAGAUGAUCAUGUACCAGCCGCAGCUGCUCCCAGCAUUCCUGCCGGUGCAGCCUUCGUGGACAUCCCGGUGUCGAACAUUCGAGCUGUUAUAGCCAAACGCUUGCUUGAAUCAAAGACCACCAUUCCGCACUAUUACCUCACGGUGGACGUCAACAUGGAUAAGAUAAACAAAUUACGCUCAAAGUUCAAUAAACAGCUGGAAAAGGACGGAGUCAAACUAUCGAUUAACGAUUUUAUUAUCAAGGCGUCGGCGUUGGCCUGCAAGAAAGUGCCAGAAGCGAAUUCCGCCUGGAUGGGUGCCAUCAUUAGACAAUUUGAUGCUGUCGAUGUUUCGGUAGCUGUCUCGACAGAUCGUGGCCUGAUUACUCCAAUCGUGUUCGGAGCCGACCGAAAAGGUCUAACUGAUAUUUCGAAGGAUGUCAAGAAUCUGGCUGCCAAGGCUCGCGAAGGCAAACUGCAACCACAGGAGUUUCAGGGAGGUACGUUCAGUGUAUCCAACCUGGGCAUGUUCGGAGUAACGCACUUCAGUGCCAUCAUCAAUCCACCACAAAGCUGCAUCCUCGCCAUCGGUGGUACCCAGAAGCGUAUCGUACCUGACAAGGAUUCGGAACAAGGCUGGAAAGAAAGUGAUUACGUCGCAGUAACGCUGAGCUGUGACCACCGUACAGUCGAUGGUGCCGUUGGUGCCCGCUGGUUACAGUACUUCCGUCAAUUCCUGGAGGAUCCCCAUUCAAUGCUGUUAUAAAGCGCACCACAGGACGUUGCCACCUCUUACAAAGCCACACAGCCGUACCAUCAAUCAACCAAGUUCACCGCAACCGCAAAAGGGCUCCCUACCACCAUUUAAGUGAUCACUACCUUACGUACCCAAAGUAGCGCGAGAAUGUGUUAAACCAUUCGAAUACCACCACGCACUAAUAACAUGUAAUUUCCUCGAAUUUCAACUUUCAUCCGCAGGCUAAUGUGCACUAUCGUGGUGUAUAGUGUCAGUGUGUGCAUGUACAGGCCAGUGAAAUAGGAACAAAGUCUGUAUAAAAGUGUAAAAGUCACCUACUAACUUCGAAUAGCGCGUAAAAAGUAAUAUGAUUAGGUUUAAAGACCAUAAUCAAUUGAUUGAAAUGAUCCAACCCUUGAGAAGAAUCUGUGAAGCAUGGUAAUUACCUACAUUGUUAUCCGGUUUAAUUAGUGAAACGAGUGAAACGCUGCCAAAACUUUAGUUCUGAGUUUACUUUACAACUAAGUAAUCAAUAAUCUGUCCAGUUGAUUGGAAAAGUGUAGUACUACAGUAGGACAGUAAUUCACCGGUGGCGUUUGAUUUUAGAACCAAAAGAUCUAUAAUGUUUUGCGUGCGUCAACUACUUCCAAAAGAGACAAAUUGGAACCGGAACUUACUUGCAGGGACAUUUUUCAUUAACAUUGAACGUUCAUUGAUUUUUUAUUUGUUAUAAAUUAUUGCAUCCUGAUACGUCCUCAUAAAUUUAAAACAGAUCUUUCUCAACCAGAAGAAAAAGAAGUUUAUUAUACUGGAAGCACGAUUUUCUUGAAAAAAAAAAAGAUUACUUUCUAU